CUUCAGCACACCCCACAUCCACCAAUCAUCAUGGAUUUGAUAGCCACUGCAAACUUCUACGUGAAUAAGCUCGUCACUUCUGACCGCGGAACGUCCAUCAAGGUGCUCUUGCUCGACGACCACACGGCACCGUCCAUCUCGCUCUGCGCCACCCAGAGCGACCUCCUCAAGCACGAAAUCUACUUGAUCGACAAGCUCGCAAACACCUCACGCGCAGCAAUGCGACACCUCCGCUGCAUUGUGUACAUCAAGCCGGAACCUGCGUCGAUUACGGCGCUCCUUGCCGAGCUCCGCAGCCCGCGCUACGCAUCGUACGAGCUCAACUUCUCCAACGCGGUGCGCAAGUCGGACUUGGAAAAACUUGCGGAAAGCGACGACUUGGAGGUGGUGACCCGAGUGUCAGAGGUAUUUACCGACUAUUUGGUGUUGGACCGCGGACUCUUUGUGGCGGGCAGUGGCACCGCGCGCGCGGACGCCUGGGAGAAACCCGCGUUGGACGCUGCGACGCAGAACCUCAGCGCGUUGCUUCUCUCGCUCAAGUGCAAACCAACGAUCCGGUACGAGCGCAACUCGAAAAUGGCCGCAAAGCUCGCAUCGGAGCUCGGCUACGCAGUGCACGAGGGGGACCUUUCCGCGUUGUUCGACUUCCCCACCCGCGACGUGGCACCCCUUUUGCUCAUUCUCGACCGCAAAAACGAUCCUAUCACGCCGCUCCUUGUGCCUUGGACGUUCCAGUCGAUGGUGCACGAGUUCAUAGGCAUCCGCAACAACACCGUGGACCUCAGCCGCGUUCCCGGCGUCGCUAAGGACAUGGAACAGGUGGUGCUCAACCCCGAGACAGAUGCGUUCUACCGCGAGGCGAUGCACUUGAACUUUGGUGACUUGGGCGACAAGAUCAAGGCGUAUGUCGAUCAGUACAAGGCCAAGACCAACACCACCAAGAAGCUCGACACGCUCCAGGACAUGAAGAACUUUAUCGACGAGUUUCCCGAGUUCCGCCGGCUCAGCGGAAACGUCUCCAAGCACAUGACAUUGGCCCUGGAGCUUGACCGCUGCAUCAACGCGCUUCGCAUCUGGGAGGUCUCCGAGUUGGAGCAAUCGUUAGCAUGCAACGAUAAUCAUAGCGUGGACCUCCAGGAGUUGGAGCGCUUGGUUCUUAACCAUCCGAACCCUCAGACGCCGCAGCAAGUGACGCAGCCGCUUAGUGUAGAGGCCAAGAUCCGGUUGGUCGCACUCUACGCAUUGCGCUACGAGAAGCACGCGGGGAACCAGGUGCGCCGACUCGAGGCGCUAUUGUUGACUCAGGGAGUGGAGGGGAUCACUGUGGGGACGAUCCGUGCGGUGCUAGCAUAUGCUGGGGCCAGCCAGCGGCUAGAAACCACCGGUGAGGCGUCUGUGUUUUCCAAGGCGAACGCGUUCAUGGGCUUGGGGGCCAAGCAGAGCGAAAACUUGUACAUGCAGCACGUUCCGCGGGUGGAGGCGGUGGUGACCCAGGCAAUCAGGGGAAAGUUGGCCGUGCGUGACUAUCCCGUGGGGAAGCACUCUGUGGAGCUGGUGGCGGACAGAGUCCAGGACGUGAUUGUGUAUGUGGUGGGGGGAAUCACGUACGAAGAGGCAAGGGUUUUACACAACCUCCAGGGGACGAACAAGGGGGUGAGGAUUGUUGCUGGGGGGAACAUUGUACACAACUCUCGAACGUUUAUGCAGAGGCGCCAUAGAGUGAAGGGGUACCGAGUCACCAUUGUUGAAAACCCGGACGAGAAAAGGUUAUAG